GCCAAAAGUGGCACUAGUAGUGGAAAAACUUACCAUGUAAGACACAGUUCUACUAGUUCCCUGAAUUGAAGACAAAUAGUGUAUUAGUAGCGGACCUUAAACUGGAUAUCGAGGACGAUGAUAUCGGUGAAAUGCUCAAACAGGAACAUAAACGUGCUUUGUUGAAUGCACCACUAGGUGGAGGGAGAUGUUGACAAAUCCAAAGUGAACUUUGAAUCCAGUCUCCACCUGGAAAGUGGAGUCAGUGGGACCCCAGGGUUCAGUCUCACAGGAACUCCUAAAAACAACCUAGAAUGACGUCUGAGAUGCUCGCCGGUUAUAAUGGAUGACUGGUUCGGUUCCGGUGCGGUUCUGCGGCUGGCUGACAGUGUGCGAGGGCCACCCGGAUGGAGCGUCUGACUUCAGCCGAGGGGGAGAGCAGCCAAGACGGCGGCCGUCAAGAGCCGCGCGUCCGCUCCCGGAGGAGGGUGGCCGGGGUCAGCACGCCCACUCUGGCCGCCGCACGGCUCACCUUGCCCGGGGUUAUGGACGCCGAGGGCAGGGUGGACGAGUCUCGGCUGAGGAUGCACAUUUUCCAAAACGGUGGCGUGUCUCCCACUGAGCGUGGCCUGGCGUGGCGCUUCCUGUUCGGGAUGUACCCGUGUAGCUCCACCGCGUUAGAGCGCCCUCUGCUGCAGGAGCAGCUGGCUGUGCGUUACAAGGUCAUGAAGGCCAAGUGGCAAAACGUCGUCCCUUCGGCGGUGCGAAUGCACCUCAACGGCACCGACGGUAAAAACGCAAAACGUUCUCUAUCUCUUUCUGAGAGAAGGAAGUUAAUCUUGAUUUCGACUGUCUACCGUUUGUGUUCGGCAGCUGAGCUGGUGGCUGCUCUUGGUUAUUUUAACCAAAGGCAGGAACUGGUCCAGCAACAAGCUUCCAACUUGAGUGAAGAUGUUCGAGACAGGGUGACGUUUUUGGAGCUGCAAGCACAGAUCUUGUUUGAGCGUGCUACGUUUGACCAGGCAGAGCUGCAGGAAGCCAUCCGGAUUAUUAACAAAGAUGUUCCAAGAACCAACAGAGACCUGAGCUACUACCAAGGUGAAGGUUCAGGGAAUCUGUUGGUGUUGAGGGACAUCCUCAUCACCUACGCUGCGUUCCAUCCGGAAGUGAGUUACGCCCAAGGAAUGAACGACCUGUGCAGCCGAUUUCUGGAGGUUAUGGACUGCGAGGUUGACAGUUUCUGGAGUUUUUCGUGCUUCAUGGAGAAAUUCGCCAAGGAUUUCCGAGAAGAUGGUCUGCACAGAAAAAUAGAGUUGGAGGCAGCCCUGUUAAAGGAAUUAGACCCUCAGCUUCAUGUCCACUUGGUCACAGACAGCAUGGAGAGUUUCACCUUCUGUCACAGAUGGCUGCUGCUAGGCUUCCAGAGAGAGUUUGAAUACAGCGAUGCACUACGUUUGUUCGAGAUUCUGAGUUGUGACCACCUGGAGUUUAUUUCCCAGCAAGUAGACCGAGCCCGUUAUCAGGAGAGGCUGGCCCAAAAAUAUUGUACAGACGACGAGUGUGAGCUGCAGGCCGUCAACACAGACUUCACGUUCGAGCUGUUCAUCUGUGCAGCCAUCCUCUUGGACCACAGAGACGCUCUGCUGCAAUGUCAAGAUGAAGUCCAGCUGAUCCAGUUCACUAGCAGCCUUCAGGGAACACUGGACUUGAACAGCACACUGAAGAAAGCAGAGCAUCAUUUCUUCAACUACUGCAAACGCUGUGCUUGGGACUCCGUGAACUGCCGCUGUCGAGCACACAAAAGCAAAGAAGAAGACUUUCUAUACCAGCUCCGCAGUUUAUUUGUUUUAAGAUAACAGCGACUAUUUUAGUCGCUGACAACUUUUUAGAACAACGGACCAAACAUGUUUUCAAGGCACAUAUUAGUUAUUUCCCCUAAAAUUCCUGAGGUAAAAUAUUAUUUUAGAUUUACUGUGGAUUAUUUAUUUUAUCAUAAAUGUAAAGUAUUCAUUGUAUUGUCAAGUUUGACUCGACACCUCAACAUUGGCCUUGUUCAGGAUUGUUACAAAGGGUUAAUUCAAUAUUUAACUACCGGAAGGUGACAGACAACAGGUGGUGUUACUAACAUAUGCCGGUUAUAUUUCAAAUGACUUAUGUAACAAGCAUGGAUAUCCACGUUUUAAACACUGACAGAAGGGAGUGGCAGUGAGGGAAAGAAGACGGUUUGCCUGAAAAAACACAUUGAGUGUCAAGAACACAUUUACACACACAUACAUAUAGUUAUGUUUAAUUACUUAUACCAUGUCCAAAAUCCAAAUGUUCAAUAAAAUGUGAUUUAUA